AUGAGAAGAGAACAGGCUAGCCAUAGUCCAAAGUCAGAUAAAAGCAGGUCACCAGUGUCGUCGCGACGAAACUCUGACGUCACAAAGAAGCUGCUCAAAGCCACCGAUUCACUUUUAACGAAGAACUGCCAGAAGUUACAGCGAAAGGAAAACGGCAGUCCAUUGGCACCAAGAUCGGCACGUCAGAUGGAAUCAGUGUCCGACUCGUCGGAUGCAGAGGACUCGUCGUGGAGCAGUCCUGUAAGAAGUCCAUUCAUUGAUGGCGCGAUCAGGAAGAUGAUGAAUGGACCCCCAGACGGAAUGGUGUACGAGCCCGGCCGGCGAGAAUCCAUCGAGACUUUGAUCAGUAGCGUCCAUGCUCAACAGGUUCCCAACCUGGAGACGCUCAUUCUCUUCUAUCAGGACAGUAACGGAGUGAAAUCAAAAAUGGCUCAGGUCAAGGAAAAUGGAGCUUCUGCAGCAAUCAGGUAG